AUGGUAGGCUACGAUCAUGCCGAGCAAAAAGAGCUGGAGCCAGACGAGGGUCCUUCAGGUUCCAGCUCGGGUGCGAGCGAGAGUACCACCGAAUAUGAGAAACAGAAAGAUUGGGACGAAGGUCUCGAGGAGACCGACACCAUAAGAACCUUACCGGACAAUGAGGCUAGACAUGGCAAAAACAAGUUGCAACCGCAAGGGAGUUGGCAGGCACACCAUCAUGGUCUACUGAAGCUUCGCUCCGUCGAGGACGACCUUCCUACCAACUGGUGGUUUGCCUCGACCGCCAUCCCUCUCAUUGCGGCCACAUUUGCCCCCAUGGCCAAUCUAAUAUCCAUCACGGCGUUGGUGGUCCCUUGGCGGAAUAGACUCACUCAGAGCAAGGCCGACUUUCCUCUGACCUACCAAGCCACUUCCGUGGGCUACACUGACCCUCGAUGGUGUGUCGACCUCAACAUUGCCUCUCUGGUCUGUGGGUUUGUAGGAAACCUUUUCCUUCUCUUCAAUUUCACGCGGCGCGUCCGAUACAUUGUCGCUCUCCCCGCGACCAUUAUGCUCUUCUACAUCGCGUCGGGUAUAUUGAUCGGCCUAACCGUCUCGAUGAAGCUUAAUGCUCCUCCUGGCCAAGACGCCAUCUACUCCCAGGGUUAUUGGAACGCCGUCAUUGCCGCUUGCCUCUACAUGUUCAACUCGAUGAUUCUGAUGGUCAACAUGUGCGGCUACUUUCUGGGUCAUUACCCUCAACACUUUACCCUGACGGACGAGCAGCGCAAUUUGAUCCUCCAGACAAUGAUGUUCUUCGUAUGGCUUGGUGGAGGUGGCGGCGUUUACUCUAGAAUCGAAGGUUGGACGUACCCAGAUGCCGUGUAUUUCUGCGACGUCACCAUUCUAACAGUCGGUUUUGGCGACUUUUAUCCCACCAACGACCUCGCUCGGGGACUGGUGUUUCCUUAUUCGGUAGGCGGAAUUAUCAUCCUGGGUCUGAUGGUCAGCUCCAUUCAUAAGUUUGCCGGAGAGCUCAGUACAAUCAAUGUACUCCGUAAACAUGUCGAACACAAAAGGGUCCAUACCCUGUCGCGGGUUGUGACGGUGGAGGAUGGCGCGGAUGAAGACAAGAGGCGGGAUGACCUUGAAAAGGAGGUGGCAAUUGAAGAACGAAGCGGCCGACGGCCGACAAUCUCAUCUCCACUUCCGAACCCGCAGAUCCAGCAUGACUUGGAUGAAGCAGCAGCCCGUCUCCACGGGACGGGCACCUCCGUUCGAGACCCAACACAGGAUCACCGGAUCGAAUUUGGAAACACCAACGCCAAAGAGCUGAAGAAGUCUGAGGAGCAUGAGCCGCACCCCAAUCAAUUUCUGAGCUCGCCAUUUCGCAGGGGUCCUAUCCACAAUACAUUGCGACUGAUCACAAGGCCCCUCAGAAGGACUUUGUCGAGAUCACAGAAGAAGGCCAUUUUGAUGAAAGAAGAAAAGGACAGGUUCGAUGCCAUGCGGGACAUUCAGCUCAACGCCAAGAAGUUCAAGAAAUGGUACGCUUUAUGCCUGUCGGUGGUGGCUUUUGGGAUCUUGUGGUGCAUUGGGGCGGUGGUGUUUUGGAACGUCGAGCACGACACCCAACACUUGAACUAUUUUGAGGCAUUGUACUUCUGCUAUGUGAGCUUGUUGACCAUUGGGUAUGGCGAUUUGAGCCCUAAGAGCAAUGCUGGCAAGCCUUUUUUUGUGGUUUGGUCGUUGAUUGCGGUGCCGACCAUGACGAUCCUUAUUUCCGACAUGGGUGACACGGUCAUCUCCAGUUUCAAGCAAGGGACAUUCAGACUCGGUGAUCUGACCGUCCUCCCGAAGGCAGGUCUUUGGCGCGACAUCGUCAUGCAGCACCCUUGGCUCUGGAAUUGGAUGAACAGAAGGGCGGAGAAGAAGCGUCUCAAGGCUGGCUUGCCUUUCGGACCGGCUGGCGACCAAGGUCCCCCUGACCUGAGCCUUGAGCAGAUUGCAGCCGAGGAACUGACAGAGGCGGAACUGACGCAGCGUCUGGCUUGGGCCAUUCGCAAGACGGCCGACGAUCUCCAGCAUACCCCCGGGAAACGUUACACGUAUGAAGAGUGGUGCGAAUUCAGCCGCCUAAUCCGGUUCACAAAGGUGGGCCUUGAUCAAAUGCAAUACGAUGAGGAAACGGAUGGGGUGGUGGAAUGGGACUGGCUCGAGGAAAACAGCCCGAUGCUGAGUCAGCAAACCGAGUCCGAGUGGAUCCUGGACCGGCUUUGCGAAAGUCUACUCCGGUUGCUGAAGAAGAACAUGAUUGCGAACGGCAUCGCUCCCAACCCAGGUCUCCCUCGAUCGAGCAAUACAGACCUCAGCGCCUUCAGCUUCAACCGUAGCGGUACCGUGUAUGAAGACCCAUCAGCGGAUCGGAAACCUGACACAUCUGCCAAAGGCAAAGGGAUCCUGGGGCCUCGCCCUCUGACAAAGUCCGAAGAACGCCAGCGAAGAGCAUCAGGCGCUGAUGUGGUGCUCACAUUCUUCACUGGCGACAGAAGGGGAACGCAUGCAUAUGCUAAUGAAGCGCCUCAGUGGAGCAAAAAGGCGCAAGAACGCAUGAAGGAACGUCGAAGGAGUAGCGCAGGCAAGCGAAGAGGACCGUUCUGCAAGCUUGAGCACCAUGGCAAGACAGGGGCUAUUGGUGGUGGAAGAGGUGGAGCUGGAAGUCGCACGCUCAAGAUGAGACAAUUUACUGGGGACGGGGAAGGGAAGAGAUGA